AUGGAGUCGCGGUUGGACGGAUUGAGCUCGUGCCGAAUGGGGCCAGACGAAUUCCUCCUUCUCUUCCUGCUCGCUUUUCGCCCUUCCUGCGGGGCAGUGACAUCCAACUGGACGCUGACGCUGAAAUCUUCAGCCGGGAAGAAGGUGUUUGCCCUGGCGGACGCCGGGAGCGAGGCCUCGCUGUGGGAGGGAGAGAGGCUCUGCCGGGAUGUCCUCGGCGGAAGCCUCGCCGUUCCCGGGGACUUCCGUGGGAGUUGGACGGAGGUGGCGAGUUUCGUCUCGUCGGCCGGUGCGGAUGUCGGAUUGGGCGGUCGCGUCUCCUCGAAGAAAAAUCGAACACCCGACGAGUUCCUUCUCGAUUCCAGCUCCAACGGAAACCGGCUGAGCGUCUCGGCCCUGAGAGCGAGAUGGAACGCAGAGGCAGGCGUGCCCGAAGGAGCCUGGGGGAAGCCGGGACCCGACGGCGGUCGAGCGGAGCCGUGCCUGCUGUUCCUCCCGGGCGCCGCGCUGGUCGACGCGGCCUGCGGGCGUUCCACGAGGACGAGGCGGUUCCUCUGCAGAUUCAAUUCCACUGUUCCGGACUGCCCUCAACCACAAGAACCCCCGGACCCAGACGUGAAGCUGGAGUCGAACGGAAGGACGAAACAUUCCCUGGGAGACCACGUGACUUACGUCUGUCCCUGCUGGAAGGCGUGGGAUCCUCCCGACGUCCCUCCUUCUCCCUUUCGGACAUCCCGAUGCUUCGGAUCCCUGGGAUGGGAAUACGACCUCGAGGAUCUUCGUUCUUGCGUCAGAAACCCAGGCCGACCCUGCCCUCCGAUCCCAUCCCGCCGCGCCGAGGCGGUGGAGGUCCCAGCGUGCACCGACCCCGAGGGGAUGCACCCCCCAGGCAGCCGCUUCACCCACGAAUGCAGCCUGGACUCCGCCUUCACCUCUGGGGAAACUCGGGCGACGUGGAUCUGCCAGGACGACGGGGAAUGGGCGCCGCGGGAUGUUCCUGCGACCUGCUUUCCUCGCGCGGCUGCCGCAUGCUCCCCGCCCGGCGACUCGAACGCCACAGCCUUCCCCGAUCGUUAUUCCGUGGGCUCCACGGUCUACUGCAUCCACAACGAAUCCCUCCAGCUUCCGCUCGCCUGCGCCGAAGAUCUCGCCUGGACUCCGAAGGGAUUCACUCCGUGCGCGGAAGGUUGUUCAGCAAAUUUCACGUUUUUCAAUCGAAUUGCGGUCGAGGCCUUUCUAUCGAUUCGGCUUGCAGUGUACCCGUACGUCGAAGUCGGGAAGAAGAGCUUCGUGCUUGGGAAGCCGAAAGGCGAAUCCCUCGAUGGGAACUUCGGAGCUGCAGCCUUCUGUCACCAACGAUUCGAUGCAGCAGGGUUGCCGGAAUUGACAACCAGAACGGAAUUGGAAUCGGUGGCGCAAGCCAUCCGGAAACACGUGGACGACGGCCUCGCUCCCCUGCCAUACAACAUAUUGCAGCCCUGGAAAGAAGGGAAUCUGUCCAAGGCGGAUCUCUACGACUUGCGGAAAUUCUGGAAAUUCCUGGAUGGCCACCCGAUCCCGGGUGACCUGUUCUCGCCAGGCCACCCCAGCGACCCCAAGAACGGCCACUGUUCCGCUCUCAACGUUUCCGGCAACGUGGGAUUCCGCGACGUCAACUGCUCCCAACCGUUCCGCUGGGCUCUCUGUCAACUCCACGUCGACGAUUACUGCGGGGAAUUCCCCGAAAUGGCGACGUACACCUGGCACUGGCCGCUCGGUAGCACGCCCCACGGAGCCGGCGUGAACGCGCACUGCCACUGCGGUCGGGUGUGGCUGGGCACUCGCCCGAGGACGAAGCGGCAGGUCUUCAAAUGCUUCGGCAAUAUUGGAUACGACAUUCGUUCCAUGACGGCGUGCGUCGACGCGUGUGGGGCGGGAGAGCCGACACCGUCGUUGCCGGACGCAUCCUGCCUCGACACCAUCGACGGUGACACCCUGCGAUUCGAGUGCGACAUCGACUUCAGCGCCUCCCCCGCGUUCCACUGCAUCCAGGGCCAGUGGCAGCACGAUGGCAUCUUCUGCAUCCACGAGUGUUAUACAGGGCCCAGGGCGGUGAGCCACGCCGUCUUGGUCGAGUGGGAGCCGAGGAGCCGGAAGUUCCAUGCGACAGCGAGGUACAAGUGCGUGGAGGGGUAUGCCUUCCUCUCGGUUGGGGAUCCGAAUGCCACGAUGGAGUCCGUCUGUGAAGUCACGAGGUAUUGGUCCGAAGUGGAGGAUUGCGUGCCGUUCUAUUGCCACGGGAGUCCUCCGUCCCCGAGGCGGAAUAUGGAGUUGGUGUGGGACGAGAGGAAGAGGUUCUUUGGGGACGGGGGCACCUUCUCUUGUCUCGCGGGAUUCCGAUUCUCGGUCGAGGAAUCUCAACUGCAGAAUCGGGACUAUGCGAGGAGCGGGGAUGGACUGGACGUGGUCGAGAUCCGGAGUCGGUGUCGACCGGAUAUGACAUGGGAGUUCGUGCCUUGGGAGUGCGUUCCUUCGCAUUGUCUGCGGGGUCCUCCCAACGUGAACGGAACCAUGCACAUAGACGCCCUGGGGGUAUCUCAUCGGGUCGGCGACAGCGUCUUGUACGAGUGCGAGGCCGAGAAGAGCUUCCCAGACGGAUCGACAGAGAAGCACGUGCGUUGCUUGGAAAGUGGAGAGUGGGAGACGUUGGACGGGUGUCAUCGGGUCGCCUGCUCCCGUGAUCCGCCCGAUCCGCCUCAGGGGUCUCUGUCGGAUUGGGAUGGGAAGUCCAAGGCAUUCGGCACUUUGGUUAGAUAUUCUUGCGUCCAGAACCAUAUUUUCGCCAAGUCCAACGCUUCUACGAUGGUGAGUAAGUGCAUGGGAGACUCUGGGACGUGGCUACCCGUGGAAGACCGUUGCCAUCGACCGGAGUGUAAGCAGGAACCAGAGGCUGCCCCUCUCCGUGGAUCCAGAGAAUGGAAAAUACCGUCUUUGGCAGGGACGAACGUCACCUACUUCUGUCCCAAGGGCCAGGUUUUCGACGAUGAGCGGAAUUCGACGAAUAGGUCAUGCCUCACGACUGGGGAGUGGGAGAGCCUCGAGGAAACCUGUCACUUUACUCAUUGCCCGUUAGAUCCACCCUCACCACCAGAGAAUGGAAAUCGACUGUGGGAUGGCAGCAGAAAAGUCGGCAGCAUCGCGAAUUUCACUUGUGGAGGAAACUACUCGUUUGAUUUUUCCUUGAGAAAUCACAGUAUUUCAAAGCGUUGCCUCUCGAAUGGAGCAUGGGAGGAACUGAAGGAAUUAUGUCUGCCAAAACCUUGUUCCGUCGACCCACCUGCAGCUCCCGUGGGGGGUAACAGGGUCUGGAAUGGAAGCAAUGAGGUGGGCGCCGUGGCCGAGUACUCGUGCGGGCCCAAGAGACUCUUCCAGGGGACGAUGCGCGCCGUGAGGAAGACUUGCCAACUGGGAGGGAGAUGGGAAGACUUGAAGGAGGCGUGCGUCGGGGUCUGCGAGGGAGAACCGCCCGCUGCGAUGGAACACGGACUGAGGAUUCGGGAUCCAGGGAGCGAUGCGGUUCGAGGCUCCACUUCGACGUACAGAUGCGAGGAGCAUUUCCGGUUCGAUCCGCCCUUAGCCGACGGUCGGCUGACGUUGAAAUGCCAGAAUGACAGGCUUUGGGAGCCGUUGAGACAUCGGUGCCGUCCGGUUCCGUGCGACGGGGCCCCGCCAAAACCGCCCGAAGGCGUUUCGUUGCAUUGGGAUGGAUCCGUCGAAGUUGGGACGAAGGUGACCUACUCUUGCCCGGAUCGCAUGGCGUUCCCCGAAGGUCGUACUGCGACGAGAUCGUGUGUUCUCUCGGGUCGGUGGGAGGCUUUUAACGAGAGCUGCAGUUGGCUCGAAUGCCUUGGGCGUCCGCCUCCACCCCCGAGAGGAGGGUCUUACGAUUGGAAUGGCCAUUCGAGCCACGUUGGUCUCGAGGUCGCCUAUCGUUGUCCGGGGCAUCAAUUGUUCGAUGGAACGGCAGUCGAAGUUAGGAAGGAGUGUCUCGAGAGUGGGAAUUGGCAGUCCCUCGAUGAAAUUUGCAUAAUCGUCAAAUGCCAUUCUGAUCCGCCCGAUCCGCCUGUUGGAGGCGUUCGAAUCUGGGACGGAUCGAGGGCCGUGGGCUCCGACGUUGGUUAUUCGUGUCCUCGGGGAAUGGAAUUCGAGAAGUCGGGGAAGAAGCUCACCGCAUCCUGCCUGAAAUCCGGCGAAUGGGAAGAAAUCGAGAAAUGCAUCUGGGUGGAAUGCCUCGGGGAUCCGGCGUCGAUGGACGUCGGCACGGACUGGGACGGGGGCGACGCGACUGGGGGAUGGAGGGCUUCCCGCCGCUGUGGAGGUGAGCGGCCGCUCGACAGGGUUGCUCGGCGAUCAGUGAUCCGAGUUUCGAUUGCAUGGCGUUCUUCGUUGGGGAGGAUGGGAUGA